UAUGCGCACAGUAACGUGGACCACUGUUUUGAUCAAUUUACUAGCUCAGUAUCAUCCAUUUCAAUUGAAAUGGCUGCCAACAGCCAAAUGUGCUCAGUAUGGCUUGGAUCUGAAACAGGGAUAUUAAAAGGAGUGAGUUUCAUCAAAAAGCAGGCGUUUAACUUUUGUGAGAUGAGCUGUUUGAGUCGAGAUCAGGAGGUGUGUGUGAUGGCAUGGGGAGAUACAUACGAAUCAGAGGUGCUGGUGGGGAGUGUAAAUGGCACAGUGAAAACAUUCAGCACGGAUAAGGGGAUCUUUACAGGGAGCAGAGAAUGUGGGGAUCCUUCCCAAGGCAGGUUUACAGGACUGGCAGUAACUGACAGUUCUUUGAUUACGUGUGUUGAGUCGGGACUUCUGAAAGUGUGGAAAGAAGGCAGUACAGACACAGUUGAAGUAAAUGUUGGAAAUGGAAUUUGCAGAAUGCAACAAAAUCCCUCACAGCGUCAUUGUGUGGCUACAGGGGGGAAAGAGAACCCUCUUAAAGUGUGGGACCUGGAGAGACCUGAUAAACCAAUAUUCACAGCCAAAAAUGUAGCCCAUGACUGGUUAGACAUGCGAGUACCUGUGUGGGUCAGAGACAUUGGCUUUAUCCCAGACUCGGAUAAAAUAGUAACGUGUACUGGACACCACCAGGUGCGAGUGUAUGACCCCUCAACAUCCCAGAGGAAGCCAGUGAUGGAGGCCAAGUUUGGAGAGUACCCCCUCACAGCACUCUCUUUCCCUGCCAGUCAGGGUACAGUGGUUGUGGGUAAUACUCACGGGGAGCUCGCCAUCCUGGAUCUCCGGAAAGGGCUUGUGCGUGGGUGUCUUAAGGGUCUGGCAGGGUCAGUGCGGGGGUUGCAGUGCCAUCCAUCUCUCCCAUUGGUGGCCUCAUGUGGUUUAGAUCGUUUUCUGAGAGUACACAGCCUGGAGGAUUGUUCCUUACAACACAAGGUGUACCUGAAGUCACGACUCAAUUGCGUGCUGCUAUCAAGCAGAGAACUGGAGUCAUCUAGUGUUGAUGUUACUGGAGAUGUCGAGGAGGUUAAACCAGAGGAAGAGGAGGACGAGGUUUGGGAUACCAUGGAAACAGUGACAGAGAAAUCAAAAAAGAGGGUCGCCCAGAAUGAUGAAGCAGCUGUUCCCAGGGUAGAAGGCAAAAAGAAGAGAAAAGUAGCAAAGAAGUGAUGAAGAAAGAAUUUGGCUUUUAGAAUUUUAUUAAGUUUUCUUUUUAUUUCAUGGGUAUCAACGAUGACCAAGCUGAAAAACUGGAAACCGAGUGACUGUUUAAUAUGGCUGUGUAAUAAUGUUUGUCGUUAUUAGUUUCUCAUUUUGGCCCAUGAAAAGGAUUUGAACUUCUGUAAAAUUAACUAAAAUGUGAUUGUCAUGCUAUUUUGAAAAUGUGUUAAAAAAAACUGCAAGUCUGAAAUAUAUGAACCAGUUUUUUGUAAAAACUAAAAAAUUCCCAUCUAAACUUGUAAUUCUGAAGUAAACAGGAUAGUUGAAUUGAAUGAGUUCUCUGUACAUCAGAAGCACACAAAUUGCAUCCUUUUGUUCUCCCACAGCAAGUGCUUUGCCAAAUAUAUAUUAAUUCUCUCAAGUUUAAAAGCCACAACAAAUUUUCAAACUUAAGUGUUUAUGUAGUGAUAUAAAGUUAAAGGAAUGUUCCGUGUUCAAAGCAAGUUGAGCUCAAUCAAAGGCCUUUCUUGGUGACCACAAAGAAUAAUUGAGAUUUUAUUUAUUUAUAAAUACAAAAGCAGUAAGAGUGAGGCAUUUACAAUGGAAGUGAAUGGGGCCAGUCCAUAAAUGUUAAAAUACACACUGUUUCAAAAGUAUAGCCACAAGUCAUAAACAUUAUGUUAACAUGAUUUUUUUGUGUGAUAAAAACUUCAUUGACAGGACGAUGUAAAUGGCAUAAUAAUGGCAGUAAAUUCCUUAUUUUGUCACAGUUAAAUCAUGUUAAAGUAUUAUUUUUACAUCUUGUGGCUAUACUGUUCAAACAGUUUAUGGACUGGUCCCACCCACUUCCAUUGUAAGUUCCUUACUGUAACCUCAAUUAUUGCUUUUUUAUGUAAGUAAACAUUGAAUGAGUUAAUAAUUUUUUUGUGGUAAUCAAAAUUAUGCCACAAAGGCUGUCGGUGGAUGCUAACUUGUAUUGAACCUGGAAUAUUCCAUUAAUAUCUCCUGCUCAAGGCAUGUGCAUCUGCAGUAAAUGUACAGUAUUAUAUAGAAAAUGUACUGAAACAAGAGGAAAAGCAUAUUAAACUAUGCUGGUUAAAAGA